AUGUAUCAAGAUGGUCCUAUUAUUUUGCUUGAAGAUGUUAUUUCUCAAAACAAUGGCAUUUUAGAAACAUGCAAAUUAAAGCAUCCUAAGACAGGAAUAGCUUCAACAUUUUUUUAUUCAAAUUCAUCCUGUCAUAUAUAUGAAAUCACAAAGUUUCAAGAAAAUUUUCGAUCGUGGUUCAUUAAAGACUUUGUCGUUAAAGGUGGUGAGGAUGGACUUUUCAUGGUUACAGAAAUAAAUAUGUUAUAUUUGUUCCUUCCCUUGUUGAGAAAAAGUUUCAGAAUGUACAAGUCUGUAGGAAGUAUUUUAGAUGAUGAGAACUUUCCUGAUAAUAAAAUCUUCCAAGACAAGCUGAUGUCCUUUUUAAAAUUUGUGUGUGAUACGAAAGAAUUAGGAGAGGAUUUGUAUUAUAAAUAUAACAAAGAAAAGACUCUAGCAUGGUUGCAAUUGAAAGUGAUUAUAAAAUCUAUGCUUGUCAUCUACUGUCAGAAUAUCUUGAGCCAGAAUUGUCCCAAGAAUUACUAG